AUGGAGAAAAUUAGUCAACUGUUGCUUCUUGUGGCAUUGGCCACACAAGCCACAGGUUUUACUCAAUCGAACCUUGUUGCCAAUAAGCCAGUACUAACAUCGUCAUCAGUUCCAGCUAGUAACAACAAUCCGAAGACUGCUCUUUUCAUGGCAGGAUUCGGUGGAGGCGGUGCCAAGAGCGCAAAAGGCAAGAGCAAAAAGAAGGAUGCGCCCAUCAAACUAAAGCCCAAACUUCAAUGGGAUCGCUACGCUGCACUGAAGAAGACUGCUGCCAGUGUUGCCGUCGGAAUUCGCUUGGUCGGUGAAGAAAGUCCCGAAUGGUUGUCUGUUGGCAAGGUGAAAUCCAAGGAUGAUGAACUCACGGCUGCAGCAGUCGCCAUGCAACGAGGAAUUAUUGCAGAGCAUGGCAAAAGGUUAUUUCCAUUGCAAGUUUCCAAAAAGUCGACUGUCGAGUGGGGAUACAAGGAAGGUGAUUCUGAUUCCGAUUCUGGGGAAUGGAAGGUAGUUGACGUCAAGGCGUCGCUGAUCGAUGUGCCAGACGGAUUUGAAAAGGACAUUGGAUUCGAAGGAAUUGGUGACCCAGCAACUGGAUUUUACUGUGUUUACGACAAUGGCAAACUCAAGGUUGGUGACGAAACAAGCUUUACCUAG